UCUUUCUGUUACUAUUUUCUGUUCUUACGAAUUUUAAAUGAAGGAUUAUUAUUAUAUGGUUUACUAUCUCCGACAACGCUGCCCAUUGCUUUCCGAUAGUCGUAGAUGACAAAUAUUUAUAAUUUUCUUCGUUCUAUCUGAUGCAGAAUAUAAUGUACAUAGCCACGUACGCUGCAGCCAAUACACAGUAUUGUCAAUCGAAGAAAUUAUAUUAUAUCUCCAACGGAGACCCAAGCUGGGACCCGGCGGUAUUGAUUAACGAUAUAAGGCUCGAUUUCCAGCUAACGCAAUAUAUAGCCGCAACAAAAAAGCACGUUCCCGUGGCAGAGGACCCUCCGAAAGUAGCGACGGUACAGAACGGCGUUAGAGAGGUGGAGGCCCAAUCGAGGGGCGAAAGAAGUAUGCGGAAAAGAUACGUCAUCGAAGACGAUUUCUAUAAACUAGACCGUGAUGCUAUUCCACUGAAAAUCGAAGCAGAAAACGAUAAAACAAAACUUCUUGACGGAAAAGAAGUACGAAAGCAGACGCCAUUAUCAUUCCAAGACAGAUCAAGCUCAAAUGGAAGACUUCGAUCUGUUGAAAGACUUUAAUCCCGUCCAAGAUGAAGCGAUCCUUUCAGAUCUUUCAGCGUCAAGGCCCAUUGCACCUGCUCCUCGACCCCCAAAGGUCAAGAACGACCCUACCUCCCGACGUAGGACUAUUCCUCUGCCUCUGGGAGUUCUUCAUGCG